AUGGUCUCUGAAACGGAAGCACGGGCAAUCUACGCCGAUGCCAUCCACUUUGAUGGACUGAAUAUCUGCAACUUUGGUCGCGAGAUAUUCGAGUCAUGGCACAAGGGCGGCAUCACCGGCGUGUCGUGCACCUGCGGCCUCUGGGAGGGAUUCAGAGGUAGCAUCGCCAACGUUGUGCAAUGGAAAAAGUGGUUCGAGGAGCACGGCGACCUGAUUGUCCAGGCGCAUAGUGCAGCCGACAUACGCAGCGCCAAAAAGGCUGGCAAGACGGCCGUGCUGCUGUCGUGGCAGAAUACGGCCGGCAUCGAGGACCAGCUCGACUACCUACGCGUCUUCCGGGACCUCGGCGUCCGCAAGAUGCAGCUCACUUACAACACGCAAAACUAUUCCGGCGCCGGCUACACGGAGCUCCACGACUCGGGCCUGACCGGAUUCGGCCGGCAGGUGGUGGACGAAAUGGCCAAGCUCGGCAUGGUGCUCGAUUUGAGCCACGUCGGGCCCAAGACGACCGAGGACACCAUCAACUACGCGCCCGACGGCAAGCCUCCGUGCUUCUCGCACAUCUUGCCCGGGGGGCUCAAAGACCAUCCCCGGAACAAGACGGACGAGCUCAUCCGCCUGCUCGGAUCCAAAGGCGGCUUUGUCGGCCUAUCGCAAUUCGGCCCGCACAUGGCCAAGGGCAACGACAGCACCAUUGACGACUACGUCGACGCGCUCGACUACGUGAUUGGUCUGAUUGGCGAGGACCUGGUCGGCAUCGGGUCCGACGCCAGCGAGGGACACGGGCGGCCCUCGGAUUUCAUGGCGUGGUGCAACAAGGAUAAAGGCUACGCUCGACAAUUGACACCCUGGGGAAGCCAAAAGGUUGUCAAACCCCUAGGUCCACUAGCUGAACGCGCCGAAUUGGCUUGUGCCAUGGCGAGGAAAGGCUGGAGCGAGGAAAAGAUGCGCAAAGUCUUGGGUGAGAAUUGGCUCAAAUAUUUGGAAAAGAUCAUAGGGUCCUAA